UCAGGUUCGGGCAGGCAGGUGAGCCACGCCCAGCCAGGUGAGGAACCCGGAAGUGCUGCUGCGACUCAGCUACAAGGGCUCGCGGAUAACGAAUUACAACAACAUGCUUAAGACCUGAGGUGUUUUGAAGACAAGUGCAGUGUUGGACAUUUUGUUUCUUGUGUGUUGAAGCCAAUAUGAGCUGGCUGCUGGUGGGGCUGCUGGUGGGGCUGAGCGCAGGAGCUGCAGGGGGAGAUGCAGUGCGUGUGACCACAGACAGUAACACCAAGCUGACCAUAACCAGAACAGUAGAGGCUAUUAACUGUUCUGUGUGUGUGGGUGAAGGCUCCUCCCGGGUCUGUAAUACACAACACACUAUUGGUAAAGAUGAAAACACUCAGGUGGACUUCACCUGCAGCAAACCACAGGACAUCUUCACUGUUCAGAUUAAUAAGUUUGAUUGUUCAGGCUAUUGCAACUUGGAUUUAUUACAACCAGAAUGGACCUUAUUCAACCGAACCUUUAUCUGGGACCUGAAAGUCCAAUCCACCAGUUCUUUACAGUUUGAGUUUCCAGCUCCAGGACUGAGACAGAUCCAGUCAUUGGAACAAUGUCCUGACAAACCCACAUACUCGGUCGUAGCGUAUACACGGACAGGAACUAUGAACAUUGGCAGGUUCUGUCAGAAUGGCACGAUCACUCGCAUCCAGCUUGUGUGGAAAGGGCGCAUAACCCUGGAGGUUCCCAAACAAACGCUGCAAAGCUCAUAUGCUUUUAAAUACUCUAAAGUUGACGGCACAGUGUUUGCUGUGAAUGCCGUCCUGCCUUAUGGCAAAUCAAACACAGACUUCUUCAGUGCCACUGCCAUCCCUCCCAAUCAGAUGAUGAUGUGGAACUUUGUUGUACUGCCCAAGCACAACUUCACGGUUCAGUUUGUGAAAUACAACCAUUUACAGUGCAACCAAAAGAAUUCAGUUAUUGUGAAUUACCAGCUGGCCAACAUGACUUUAAAUAAAACACUGAUGGAUGACCAACCUGCUAAUUAUCAGGGAAACUUCAGCUUGCUUCUGAAAAACUGUGCUGAAGUUUCCAGUGGUUCUGAGCCCUUGCUCAACUUUCAGGUCUCAGUAUUUAGGGGUGGAAUUCCAGAUGUGUGCAAAGUGGAUCUUCAUAAUGAUGAAGGCCUAAGUCUUCAGAUAGAGAAGAAUCAGGACUCUUACUGUGAGCUGGGUAUGAAUGCAGUGGUGCAGGAGAAGAUUGUAGUGCCAGCAGGCUCCCAAGCCAACCUGUCUUUCCUGGACUGCCCCAAGGACAAACUCGUUCUCACAGCCACAAAGACAAUUGUAUCUGGGACUCUCCUCACCAUCCCUGUUGUAGACCCCUGCCUGCCACCUCCCCUGAGGCAGGUGACCUGGGUGCUGAACGCUCCAGAGCAGGGCAGUGUGGAGCUCAGCUCCCCUCAGGGCAGUCUGUAUCAGCAAGUGCCUGGAGAGCAGCCGUGUGACGGCACAAUAUCUGCGCUGGUCUCUACAGCCGACGGCUUCAACAUCGGUCGCUUCUGCUCUGCUAGCAAAGGCAUCAUUCAGAGAGUUCAGUUCUCCUCCAACAUCACAGUGACUGCUGCUGCAGACGUGGAUCUAAGACAGAACACAGCACCUAUCCUCAACGUGUCCUUUAGUUCAGAGAUCCCAGAGACCUUGAUCUACACAGUUUCUCCAGUCAGCAUGACCCCUGUACGCCUCAUGACACCCAACUGGCCUGGGCCGAUGAAGCCUGACUCCAGCUUGUCAUGGAUUGUAAAUGUCCCAGAAGAGUACAGUGCUCAGGUGAGCUUCACAAAUGUCAGCCGGCCAGUGUGCUCUGCCAGUCACGCUAUGAUCCAAAUUCGGGAGCUAGGCUCGGAAAUGGAGAUUAGCUACAGGGAGGACCAGUUGCUGGAGAUUGAUCACAACGUUUUGAGGAGUUUCUACCUGAACAUGUCCAACUGUGAACCGAUGGAAGGAAAAUUUGCGAUUCUAAGCCAGCUCUCCUUGCAGAAGAAACCUCAGAAACUGCUGGGCAUCAUUUUGGGCCUGGCUGCAGCACUGCUGGUGGUCCUCAUCAUCGUGCUUAUUGCAGUUUGCAUGGCAGUAAGGAAAAAAAAGCAUCAAAUGACCAACAGGUCCUCCAUCUACAUUCCCAAAGGGGUCGCGUCUCUUCCUGGUGAUGCCAGUUUCCCUAAAACACGGGCCAACAACGAGUCUCAUGUGUACACCUCCAUCGAUGAUACCAUGGUGUACAGCAACCUUUUACAGGAUGGAAGCGGUCCUUACAACGGCCAUCAAGUGGACAGUUAUCACACUUUUAUCGGCCCCAUGGACAAGGAGAUCGGAUACGAUCAGAACGAAGACAGAGGUCCUGAUAAACUGCCCUUUCUGGCCGAAACCUUUGUCCCUUCCAGGCCCCGCACUCCACUGGGUCCUCUUGACACAAUGGACUAUGGGGACCGCAGGAUGGACAACACGCUGCAUACGUUCAAAACCCCAGGUGAUCCAAAUCCAGUCCGAAUUUCUGCUGUAGAGCUUCUGCCUGAGCCGGAGCCCGAGUCCGAUUUUGAUUCUGAGCCAUAUGAUCAAGUAUAUGAGGAGGCCAUGUGACCUAAAGGCAAAAAGUUCUGAUCUAGGAUCAGAUUGUAGAUUUGAUUUCUGAUGAGCCUCUGAAAGAGGUCUGUGCUGCUGCUCAGGGGAUCAUUAGAUUAAUAAAAGCAAGCAGCAUGUGUCUGACUGUACUGAACACACACUCUCAAAGUGUUCUCUAUGCCUGAUUUACAGACAUUUUAUAGGAGACCGAGCAGAACCUUCAGCAUUUAUAAGACCUCAGUGUUUGUGCCUAGUUUUUUGUUGUUGUUUUUUCCACAUGCAGGCUGCUGUUUAAGUGUCUUAUGAUGCGUACAUGACUUCUUUAUAACUGAAGAAUGAGACACUUGAAAAGCUUGUGAACACUAACAGUCGACCUGGCCUUUAGGAGAAACUCUAAAAAAGGAUUUUUUUGUACAGAUUUUCAGGAAACUUAUUUCAUCUGCUAAAAGUUUGUCUUUGGUCUUUUAAAUUGUUUGGAUACAGUUGUACAGAUUUAGAUUGUUUCGAAAUAUUUUAAAGUUGUGUUCUUUUUACAUUUUUAAUAAUAAAUUUUAAGUCUUGAAGCAG